AUGUCUUUUUUGACUACAACCAGGAUGAUUCGUAGGAUUCCUCAUUUAAAUAAAGUGAGCCCUUUUAACUUAGCUAGAAAAUACUUUGGCACCGCUACAAUUUCAAAUCCAAAGUUUCAAACUACAGUAUUAGAUAAUGGUUUGACGGUGGCAAGUGAGCUGAUGCCCGGUACAAGAACAGCGACAGUAGGAGUUUGGAUUAAUGCUGGCUCUAGAGCUGAUUUUUCGAAGAGCAGCGGAACUGCACAUUUUUUGGAACAUUUGGCCUUCAAAGGCACGAACCGAAGGACCCAGUUAAACCUAGAACUAGAGAUAGAAAAUAUUGGCUCCCAGAUCAAUGCAUAUACUUCAAGAGAAAACACUGUUUAUUAUUCCAAAUGCUUGGAAAGUGAUAUUACGCAGAAUAUUGAUAUCUUGAGCGAUCUACUCACGAAAUCAAAGUUAGAGGAGAGGGCAAUAGAAAACGAAAGACAUGUCAUCUUACAAGAAAGUGACGAAGUGGAUAAGAUGUACGAUGAGGUAGUGUUUGACCAUUUACAUGCCGUGACAUUCAAGGGUCAGGAUCUAGGAAGAACCAUUUUGGGUCCAAGAGAUUUGAUAAAAACCAUCAAUAGGAAUGAUUUGGUUAAUUAUAUAAACACAAAUUAUAAAGGAGAUAGAAUGGCUUUAAUAGGUGUCGGGUGCGUAAAUCAUGAUGAUCUUGUUGAUAAAGCCAAGAAGUAUUUCGGUCACAUAAAAAAGAGCGACAAGCCAUUUAAUCAAAAUGGUGGUAGCUUACCUAUUUUUUAUGGCGACGAAAUUCGGAUACAGGAUGACUCAUUACCAAAUACUCAUGUUGCACUAGCGGUAGAGGGCGUCAGUUGGUCGGCUCCUGACUUCUUUACAGCAUCAGUGGCAAAUGGUAUAAUAGGAACAUGGGAUAGAUCUAUUGGAAUUGGGUCAAAUUCCCCUUCCCCUUUAGCAGUUACAGCUGCAAUAGGGGGUCGCAAUCAAACUCCCAUCGCGAAUUCUUAUAUGGCGUACACAACUUCGUAUGCUGAUACGGGGUUGAUGGGUGUUUAUUUCACAGCGGAAAAGGAUGCAAAUUUAAAAAGCUUCGUUGAUGCUGUAGUGGCAGAAUGGGGAAGAUUGAAAUCGGGAAAUAUAACUGAAGAUGAAGUUGAAAGAUCUAAAGCUCAGCUUAAAGCUUCAUUAGUAUUGGCUUUGGAUGACUCCACUGCUAUAGCCGAGGAUAUUGGUAGACAAUUGGUUAAUACUGGGUUUCGAUUAUCACCUGAAGAUGUUUUUGAAAGAGUCGAAUCAAUCACUAAAAAGGAUAUCGUCGAUUGGGCAAACUACAGACUUAAAGGUAAACCAAUAGCACUUGCGGCCAUUGGAAAUGUAAAGACUUUACCUUCACUUGAAUACAUUACUCAAGGCAUGGUACGUUAA